CUUCUCUUUCCGGAAUAUUCUUAGCAAAUGAAAAUUCUCAUAGUAGAACUUUUAGGAGUACUGCAGAAACUGUAAAAUGUGAAGUAAACACAAGACUACAAAUUGCUUUAUUCUCCAAUUCUCUCUCUAUCUUCAUUUUCAUGUUUCCCCAUUUCUCAUCUCUUUCUAUUUUUUUACUCAAUGAAAAGAUUUUAUUAAAGUUCUUUCUUUAUCAAAUAGAUCCUUAAAACUUUGCAAAUUACCCUUUUUGAUUCUCUCAGAUUGUCGGGUUUCUGUCCAAAGAUAGCUUCGAUUCAUGAUAUUGAAGAAAUGAUGGAAGAAAAACAGCUAAACUUCAAUCAACCUUUGCUCUCUGUGAGGCGUGGCACGUCAAUUACUGCUCCACCGGAAAAGGAAAGGAAGACCGAUAACCCUCAUCCAAGUUUGCCUCCUCUUCCUUACUACAAAUCAGAGCUAAAAUCAGGCCCAAUUAGAAACCCGGGUGUUGUUCCUUUUCAGUGGGAGCAGAUGCCAGGACGACCUAAGGGAGAAAAUAAAGCACGAAAUAACACUCUUGACUGCACGCCUCCUGUUCCGAAAUUGCCACCUGGGAGGACUCCAAAUCAUCUGCGGAAACAAACUGAUGAAGCGCUGCGCGAUUCGCCUACUUCUAGUUCAAGAUAUCGAGCAGAAUAUGAUAAUCUACAUUCUUCGGAAAAUUCUUCUCUUGACAAAGUCCUUUCAGAAGUCGAAGAAUCUGAAAAGGAAAUAGAGGGCAAAGAUGCUUCUAGCUCUGAUGAUGAAAAUGUGUCCUACGUAGAUGCCCGGGAAACACUUUCUAGAACUGAGUCGUUCUUUAACUGCAGUGUAAGUGGUGUAAGUGGGUUGGAUGGUCCAGAUUCAUCUGGACCCUUUUCGGAUCCUCAGACGCGAGAUUUUAUGAUGGGUAGGUUUCUUCCAGCAGCCAAAGCUGUGGCUUCGGAAACACCUGCAUUUGCUUCUAGAAGACACCCUGCGGCAAAAGAACAGUCAAAACCAGUGGUGAAGAUGGUGAAGUUGAAGAAUCAGUCCCCUUCGUACGAUACAUUUCUGGACCCACUAUCUCUUAACAUCAAUGAGGAUGAAUUGGAUGAGGAGGAUGAUUCCGAUGAAGCAGAAGAUUUAUCUCUCAAGCUUUGUGGUUUAAUGCCGAGUUUUUGUAUGCUAAAUCCAAUACCAGGGAUGAGAGAUCACGUGCAAGUGGCUUCCUCAGUCCGAAGUGUACGUACAAGACCAGCAUAUGCAUCACUUGGUAGUGAUAAUAAGCACAAAGAUGCUAUAAUAAAUUAUCGAGGCGAAGUGAAAAGAACGACCAACGGAUACACUGCUACAGAAGAAUCAUUGAUGAAUGGCCAUGUGGGUCGAAAUGGUAUGGCAAAGGAGAAGAAUGCUUUACCUCAAUUAUUCCUCAAUAGAGAAAAGCAGUUCCUUGGUCUUCCCGGGGAACCUAGAGAUUUCGGUAGCUGUAAGCCGAACUUGCCUAAAAAUAAAUCGGACUCAGCUGAACAGGAUACUGAAAACGCAAGCAGUUUAGUAAAUCGGCCUGCAAAUGAAAAAACCUUGUAUGUAGACUCCGAAAGUAUGGCGGAGUCUCGACAUUCACAUUCAAGCUCACCGGAAUCCAGAGGAAGGAACCCUUCCGUGGAUUCACUGCAAGAUAUCAAGUCUCUUUGUUGUGCGGAAGAGAAAGCCAUAACCCGAUCAGAAAGUCCUGACACUACUACGUGUACUGCUUUGUUGACUUCAGAUAAGUUUUUCGAGGAUGUCAGUGAAGGCAUCAAAAACUUGCAGAAAGACGUUCAAGACGUCUCAAUUGUUGAUGCUCUACAGUCACAAAAAGCUGAUGUUAAAAGCAUGAAACAAUCCAAAAUGUUCGGUUCUUCACUUGGUUUGACCCCAUUACUACCCAAGUCUCCAUCUGAGUCCUGGCUCUCUCGUACAUUGCCUUCAAUGACCUCGAGGAAUCCGUCUUCCAAGUCAUAUCUAGCGAGCCAUGCUUUCAGGCAUUCACCUGUGGAUCCUAAACGGGAAAAACUGCUAAAAUCUUCUGGUGCAGAAAACAUGAUUUUCCUAUCUGCAGGGGAACUUGAACCAAUAUCGGAAAACUAGAGGCGAUGGCAAGCAAAAUUGUUAAGCAUCGAUUUUGUGUCAAUGGUUAAAAAAUACUUAUAGGUACUUUUGAUUUUUUUUUGUAUGUAAAUGUAAAGGAAAUUGGAAUGUUGUUUGGAAUAAGAAAGCCUUGUAUAUUCCACUGGCAACAACUUUGUCUUGUUUCUCUUGUUGCUUUUGUUUUUUACUUUUUUUGUCUAAUAAUGAUCAUUGAAGUUCAGUUUGA